AUGUGGAUCCCGCGGUUGGGGUCGCCUCCUACCUGCCGAACCGCCAGACCACCCUCGUCGAGGGUCGGCAUCAACGCCAAGACUGACGACCGCAACGCCUGGUCCUCGCAUAGGGCCUUGACCCCGCUCGGGAGGACCAGUGUCUCCAGACUGAACGAGUCGCCGGUCAUCCCCUGGAUCGCGACCUCCAGCUUCGCCCUGGUGAAAUCGGUGCCAGGCCCACGCGCGAUCCUGCAGCAGUCGUUCGGCCCCGCGUACAUGCAGGCCAUCCUUUUCCGCUGCUGCAGUGGGGCAAUCCGCCGCUUCAGGAAAUCGCCCAGCACCAUCAGGGACGUCAGGCCGCCCUUCGCCAGAUUCUUGACCCGGUUCAGGACCGGAACGAGCCCCUCCGGCAGCGACGGCUUGGCCUUUCAGGUGCUCCGGUCGCUCUGGAGCCUCUCUGUUGGCAGCUCCAGGCGGUCGUUAGGUGAGACUCACAAUCUGAAGGAGGAAACAAUAAAGGAACAGUAUGAAGUGGUGAAGGAGCGUACUUCGGGAUCAAACAAUUAUGGCGCAGGCUCUCAUGUCAUGGAGUAUGGGGAUAAGACCUUCAAGGGCGAGAAGCUUUACCUUUAUCAAGGUUUCGAUCCUGCUAAUGCCAACGUCACAAAUAAGCUGCUUUGGCGAGGCCAAAAGGCUGUGGUCAACCAAAGAGAUGCAGAUAUUUUAUUCCUUUGGAAGAGGUAUGAGCUGUUACAUGAAAAAUCUAGAGAGAAGCUUGAAGUUCUGAGGGAGAUCACUGGAACUGUAACGCAUAGGAAGCAUCUCGACAGCAGCAUUGAUUUUAUCGGAAAGCUUCUCUUUGGGGUUGAAAAUGGGCCUUCCACGCUUGGAGCCGUUAGAGCUCCUGACCAGCCACUAGUUGAUGAUUGGGACUGUGUGAAGCGAAUGGUAAGUUAA